AUGGUUUUAGAUAGGGCUACCAAAGAUUUGUGCUACACAAGAGGUCACAUGUUCUGGGUUGAAGCCAAUCAACCUGGUAUGCCUACCAUUCUUUUUCAUUCUGAACCUAAUCAUGGAUUAUCAUCUACGACGCUGAACGAAAAAGGCAAUAUGACGACGGCGAUGGUUUCUCCACCUCCUUCCCCUUCAGUUUCAGAUGAUGGAUGUAUGGAAAAGAAAACUUCAUUUAUGGCGGAUACUAUGGGUCUUUUAAGGAAACAAGAACAACAAUAUGAUGGCAAAAUGAGUGAAGAGGCGUUCCAAUUGGUAUGUCUUUCCACGGAACAUAUCUUACUACAUUUGGAUGAUCUAACAAUGGUGGAACCAUGGUGUCAAGAAUUAUGGCGAUUGGGUAAACGAUUGAAACUGUAUGAUAAUCAGGCAGAUAUGUAUUUACAAGGAAUGCGUGCAAUGAUCUAUCAGUGUCGAGCUUCAAUUCGGUUUAGUGAAAAGGAUUGGGCCAAGGCUGCCAAUGAUUGUAGAAAAUGUAUGGAUUUCAUGGACGUGACAUUACAAAAGGUGAUAUUGAUUCAAAAACAGGUUUCUUCCAUGUUGGAUACCUGUUUACGUUAUCAACAACAACAACAACAACAAUCUUUUCAUAGUGAUGGUAGUGUGACUGGUUCAUCUGCUUCUUCUUCUUCUUCUUCUUCGUAUGGAUCAAUAGUCAUGGUAUGUUCUUACUGCUCUAUUGAAAAACGUUCUAUGCCAGUAUGUGCUCGAUGUAAAUCUCAAUCUUAUUGUGGUCUCAAAUGUUUGAAAUUGGAUAAGGAUCGUCAUUUGGCUGAAUGUCAUCGAUUAGUUUAGUCUGUCUUUAUACCUUCAUUUUGUUUAUCAUUAUAUAUAUCUAUCUAUCUAUACAUAUUCAAUGACGAUACAUCAACGACAUUUCUCUCAUCUAUAUACAUUUGUCUUUUUUACAAUAAAAAAAAAGUUUUCUG